AGUGGCGAACAACGAUUCUCUGCUUGCAGUAAAGUGCACGGAACAAACGAACGCAACCACCUAACAGAUAGCAAACAGGGCGCACCACUGGUCAUAUUCUUAAUUUCUUCCUUUCGAACAAAACAAUUGUUGUUUUUGUUUUUGUUUUGUUGAACGUUUUGAGCUCAUGGCUCAUGACAAGACAACAAAAAAUAUACUAGCGAAAGACCGACUGCCAACACCACUAACACCACCGAAUCUAUGCAAACCUGCUGCCUGCCUUGUUGCCUUUUGCCAACAGCAAACGUUUGAGGCAACCAUUUGGAACGACGACCAACGUUAUUUUUGUAUCGCACUCAAACCGAAAAAAUGAUCGCACAACGGAUUUCCUCAGUUGUUGGACACUUUUGGAUACCUACGGUUGCCACGGUCUAUGAAGAAGAAACAGCGCCCUCCUUCUCAUCAUCAUCAAGCGAAAAUAUUUCUCAAAAUCGAAAGGAACCGUGGAUUUUCUCUCGCUCGCUGUUUCUCUCUCUCUCUCUAGUUCGUUUGUAGUGAUUUGAAAAAUCCAAAAAAACAACAUUUCAAUACAGUUUCGCUUGGCCUAUAGCUGGAGCCAAUAAAGCAAGUGAAACAUACGAAAAUUAUUGGUGGUCUUGCUACCCACCACAACCAAAUAGAAAAACAAAACACAAAAGUUGGAACAAUUUUUUUUUUUAAAAAUUCCGAAAAUAUUUUUCAAAUAUUUCUGUGCUUAACUUUCGUCGUGGAGUGUCGUGUCGUGUGUUGUUCAUCGGUGUAGUUUCGUAUUUGUAACGUCUUUUUUUGUAAACGAGAGAAAUAAUGAAAUUAUUUUUAUUAGUAACUAUUAGUUUAUGUGUUUUAUAUAGCCAAGCUAUCCAUGGCAUUGUCAUAAACGAUAUUACUGUACCAAAUCUGGUAACAAUAAGCAGAAAUGAUUCAAAUGACACCAUCAAUUUGGAUUGUGAUUACGAGUUGAGCGAUAAUGAGCCUAACUUAUUGGUUAAAUGGUUUAUGAACAAUAAACUCAUAUACCAAUGGAUACGAGGCCAUGAACCAGCAGUACUGCCGUAUUUUAGGGACUUUAUUGAGCUGAGCAAAACUUCGGAUGAACCAGAUCAUGAGUAUCGUGGUCUUACUCUCACCAACAUUAAUAUCCAAUUGAAUGGCACUUAUAGGUGUUCCGUGCACACAGGAGCCCAAUACAAAUCUAUGGAAAAGGAUCUGCACAUUGUGGAUAUCAGUGAUGAUGAGAUCAGCUUUAAUGAUCGCAAGGUUCAAAAUGAAACCCAUCUGGAGUGUACCGUUAGCAAUAUCUUUCCAAAGCCCAUAUUAACACUAGUUUCGGAUAAUCCCAACACGGUUAUAACCAUGGAUAAGGCCAAUGUAGUGCUGCGAGAAAAUGCCCAUUUUGAUGCAUCCCUGACGGCAGUGGCUCAAAAUGCUGAUGGUUCGGAUAAUUUUGAUUGUUAUGUUUCCUUUGAGGGCUUGCCCUUUAACAUCUCGGCUAAAGCUGAGGCAGCCGAACUUAAUGAAAAUGCAGAUAGCGGUGCCCUAAAUGUUAAUACACAAACUGUUGUAAAUAUAUUAUUUGUUAUUGUGACAUUGUUGAUGUUUUAGUCAAAUCAAAAAAAAAAAAAAUAUUUAAUAUUUAUCAUUUAUUGUUUUAUAUUAUUAAUAAAAAAAACUAGUACAGAGUACAUA